AAAGAGUUUUUAGGCCUAUCGGUAACACAGGAAGGGCUGUUGGUUUAAAAGCCCAAACCCUCAAGACAUCCCGGUUCAUCUGCGCGGCGCAAGAAAGACUCUCACCUCCCUCGACUGUGAGAAUGGCGUCAAAAUCCUCUCAAUUCCUGCGUUCUUUUGGCUACGAUCUACUCUUAGGAUCAAUAGCUGCUUUAUACGUCUUCGCUGUACCCUACACUAAAGUCGAGGAAAGCUUCAACAUUCAGGCAAUGCACGAUAUUCUUUACCACAGGCAUCGCCUAGAAAAUUAUGAUCAUUUGGAGUUCCCGGGGGUCGUGCCUCGCACUUUCAUUGGAGCGUUGAUUGUCUCGAUUUUGGCGUCGCCAAUUGUGGUGGUAAUCAACUUGCUGCAGUUGUCGAAGAUCAACGCUCUCAUUGCAGUGCGAUUGGUGUUGGGUUGUGUGGUAUUAUCUACACUGAGGUUUUUCCGGAUUCAGGUUAGACAUAAGUUUGGUCAUCAAGUAGAAGCUUUCUUUGUAAUAUUAACAGCACUUCAAUUUCACAUGCUGUUCUAUUGCACACGUGCUCUUCCCAAUAUACUAGCUUUGGCUGUAGUUAACAUGGGAUAUGCAUAUUGGUUCAGAGGGAACUUCUACACAGCAUUAAACUGUCUGGUUUUCGCCACAGUUGUAUUUAGAUGCGAUAUGCUGUUACUUCUUUGCCCUCUUGCUCUGGAGCUUUUGUUGACCAAAUCUAUUUCAUUGUGGGGAGCUAUUAAAUACUGCAUUGGACCUGCGCUUCUGUCCAUAGGUUUUACCAUAAUGGUUGAUUCAAUAAUGUGGAAGAGGAUAUUGUGGCCUGAAUUUGAAGUUUUCUGGUUCAACUCUGUUCUCAAUCGGAGUUCUGAGUGGGGUACACAUUCCUUUCACUGGUAUUUCACUUCAGCUCUCCCCCGGUCAUUGCUUGCUGCAUAUCCUCUUUUUCUGCUUGGGGUUUUGAUUGACAGGAGGGUUCUAAUCUUUGUGCUUCCAGUUUUCUCCUUCAUUUUGCUUUACUCUAAGCUUCCACAUAAGGAACUCCGGUUUAUCAUCAGCUCAGUUCCAAUGCUGAACUUAUCUGCAGCAGUUGCAGCUAACAGAAUCUACAAUAAUAGGAAGAAGACACUAUGGAAAUUUCUGAAUUUAUUUAUGCUGGGAUUAUUUUUUAUCAGGUUGGAUGGACAUUUUAUUUGUUGCCACAAAUAUGUUUUGCAUCCUAAUGUACUCUUUUGCCUCUGUAGUCUAGGUUGCACUAUAGUGUUUUUCUUGGCAUCCUAUGACAAUUAUCCCAGUGGUAAUGCAUUAAAAGAUUUGCACCAGAUUGCUGUUCUGACAGGCCAUCUUAAUAACACCAAUGAACUGUGGGUUCACAUUGAUACUUUUUCAGCCAUGAAUGGAAUAUCAAGGUUUUGUGAAAAUGAUUCACCAUGGAGGUAUUCCAAAGAAGAGGGGAUUCCUCUGGAAGAAUUUUGCAGGAGGAAUUUUACUUAUCUUGUGAGUGAACAGUUUGCUGUUGAUGGAUUCAAGUGCUUACAUUAUGUAAGUGGCUUCUCAUGGGUUCGUCUUCAAAGUAGUCUUCCACCUGUUAUCCUGGUCAAGGAACCCAAGUUAUAUAUUCAUGGAAAUACAAAAAUCAAGGAUAUAAUGCAAAUAAAUUGGGCAGGGUGCUCUUGAAUCUUUCAGAGGAUGCUGGACUAUGGGGAACACUGUAGCCUGACAUGAAUCCUACCUGCACAUUCUCUUGUUCAUGCAAUGCCUGGUCAUGAAUAGGAGUACCUUUCCAGUGGUGGAUGGCUGUGCUUAUCCAGCUUUAAUAGCAAUGCUAACCAUGUUUGAGGUUGAUAGGAUUUGUGUUAAAUAGGAGCGAUGUUGACAAAUACUCCAUUUUUUUUGUCCUGCAUGAUUUGUAACUAGAACCUCAAACCACUUUUUUAAAGCUCUUUCACCUUCAGCUUAAUUUUUUACUCAUCA